AUGGAAAUAUCAGACCCAUUUAUGAAGAACAAAACCUACUUUGACAAUAUUGAGUAUGAUAACACAUUUGGAGGAAAAGAAGCCUUGAUACUUCAAGUCACAAAGGAGGGUACAGUUGUGACCAGUCUACUUUUGUGUGUCCAAAAUCUGGUUUCUUUUGUGGCAGGCAUGAGCAGUUCCUGUGUGACACUGGCCGAGGUCCUAUGGGCAAAAGGAAGCCCUUUGGAGGAAGAAGAAAUAUGGGCACUCUUGUACCUGGCCACAGAGCAGCUUCUGGAGGAACUUCACAAAGACCCUGCCAUCUGUGUGAUUUGUCCAUGGUCAGUACUACUGUCUGCUGAAGGAAAUCUGUCCUUCCAAAACAAUGCAUCUCAGACAGAAGCUGUACCUUUCAGUGCACCAGAAUUGCUCCACAGACAAAGUAAAAACCAGCACAUCGGACUAACAAAGAUGUUGGUGUAUUCCUUAGGAAUGACCCUCUACUGGUCAGCAGACUACCAGGUUCCUCCAAACCAGUCCCUACAGUUGAGUGACCAACUACACAUGCUCUUGCUGACACUAUGCGAAGAUCUGCCACGCAAAAGACUUUCUCCUGAGUCAAUUCUGGAAGCAUGUGAGGCACAUCAGAAGGAAGCUGCUUUCUUACCAGCCAAUGUCUACAUAAAGAAAAUGGUCCAGUUUGCUAUGGGAAGUGUCAAUGAGGUAGAGCGGGUAGUCAACGAAGACAGCAGAGCUUCUCAGCUUAACAGAAGUCAUGUGAUAAGGAAAAGGCUGCAUGAGAAAAUAUUGGACACCUCACCACUGUACUCCCAGAUGAAUUUUCACCAAGACAAAGGGUCCAGAUUAAUGAAUUACAGUCAGUCAACAGAAGAUUACAGACAACUCUCUGUGGACUACAGUGACUCUAAUAGUAUUUCUGAAAGUACAUCUUUGAUACUGUCUAACCGAGGACACAGGAGAGGGAGAGUUCCACAGACACACAGGUCAUGGGACCCCACCCUUAGUGGGUCAAGGACACAAAGUAGCUACAAGCUCUUCAUAAACAGUCAUAUCCAGCCCUGGAGUUACCAGUUACCAGUUACCACCACUUUACUGGAGUUACAGUUUUCAGGUCCAGAAUUUGUUAUUUUGUCUAGUGAACCGCCAGUGACUUUACAGCUGCCUGGAUCAAUUGUGACUAAAAAAGGGAAAUCCUAUUUGUCCCAAAGGGAUCUCAAUGUGAUUCUACUCAGUGGGCAGUGCCUUGAGGUGCAAUGUGACAUCAAGUCCAAGGCAAGAGAUGUUUUCAACACUGUGGUGGCAUAUGCAAACUUGGUGGAACAUUUCUACUUUGGCUUGGCUUACCUGAAAGGUAAAGAAUUCUUCUUUUUGGAUGAGGAGACCAAACUCUACAAAGUGGCCCCAGAUGGCUGGAAUGACCAACCCAAGAAGAAAACAUCCAUCAUUAAUUUUACGCUUUUUCUAAGGAUAAAAUUCUUUGUCAAUCACUUUAAUAUCAUCCAGCAUGGCUUGACAAGGCAUCAGUUUUACCUUCAGCUUCGUAAAGAUAUUUUGGAGGAGCGAUUAUAUUGCAAUGAUGAAACUGCCCUGAAACUUGGCGCUUUGGCUUUACAGGCAGAGCUUGGCAAUUAUGCUCCUGAGAUGCAUGGAAAGAGCUAUUUUCGUGUUGAAGACUACAUUCCAGCAAGCCGAAUAGAGAAAAUGACCCUGGCGUAUGUACAGCGGGAGCUUGCUAAAUUACAUCGUAUGAAUCGUUCCCUAUUUGAGGAUGAAGCUGAACUAGAAUUUUUAAAGGUGACUCAGCAACUUCCUGAAUAUGGAGUUUUAUUCUACCGUGUGUCCCAAGAGAAGAAAGGAGCAGGAGGGGACAUCAUCCUGGGAAUCUGUGCCAAAGGCAUUAUUGUUUAUGAGGUCAAAAAUCAAACAAGAAUUGCCAGUUUAAGAUUCCAGUGGCGUGAAACAGAGAGAAUUUCAGCUCAUAGAAAAAAGUUCAUGAUUGAAAGCAGCUUCAGUGGCAAGAAACACACCUUCAUUACCGAUACAGUGAAGACAUGUAAAUAUUUACUGGACCUCUGCUCUGCCCAGCACAAAUUCAAUGCACAGAUGAAUUCUAGGCAGCUUCGGCAAACAUCAUCAGAGGAAAGUAAAUUUGUGGAAAUAGACAAAUCAUAUGCAGCUCAGCAUGAACACCUUGCCCUGGUUCAGAGACUGUCUCGUUCAGAGAAUGUGCUCUAUGGAACAAACCUGGAAAACCUUUCUCCUGGGAUGAUGAGCAAAUCUUGUGAUAACCUCAGUGUGGAAACCAACAACAGGACUAGACACAAAAGCAAUCUUGGCAGAUCCACAUCAGGACUAUCCCAGUCAGAAAUGCACAUCAAUUUGAAUGGAAAGCAAAGGAGUUAUGACUACCUGUCUAUCCAUUCAACUCAGAACACAAUCAGUGCACCUGGAUCACCAGCCAUCCAAAAGGAAGCUCUACUAAGCGGUCUAGAAAGAGAAAUAAUUUGUGUCAACCUAAAACGUGACACUAAGAAUGGAUUUGGUUUUGUAAUUAUUGGAGGAGAAAAUGUAGGAAAAUUAGACCUCGGUAUCUUUAUCGCUUCAAUUAUCCCUGGGGGACCUGCAGACAGAGCUGGAAAUAUCAAACCAGGAGGACGACUCAUCUCUGUGAAUAAUACUAGUCUUGAGGGCGUUUCAUUCAAUACUGCAGUUAAAAUCAUACAGAAUUCUCCUGAUGAAGUGGAGCUCAUCAUCUCUCAACCCAAAGACAUAUGUGAAGAAGGACUAAAUGAAGAAAAGAAUCUAUCAAGAGGAAACAGCACUAGUGGAUCUGAGAUCUCUUGUGCAGACAACAGGAGAAAAAAGAUUCAGGAUUGUCAUACAGCUCUCCCCAAAGAACAGGACAUAAAUGUAGAUGAACUUGAGAAGGCCCUUUCCUGGAGUUUAGUACCAAAUUUGGGCCCUAGGAUUCCAGUUCCUUCAGCUGAUAGCCUGGAUGUGGAGGAAGCUGAUUCUUCGCACUUACCAUCUCCCUCUGAGACUAACUCAAAGGAAAUCUAUACUGUGGAGCUCGUUAAAGAAGAUGGAACUUUUGGAAUCAGUGUGACUGGUGGAAUUAACACUAGCGUGCGUCACGGUGGGAUAUAUGUGAAGUCAAUUAUUCCCAUGGGACCAGCUGAUAAGGACGGACAAAUAAAGAUAGGUGAUCGUCUACUGGAAGUGGAUGGCAUCAGCCUCUGUGGCAUCACCCACAAACAGGCUGUGGAACACCUGAAGAAGUCUGGGCAGAUUGCCAAGCUGGUUCUAGAAAGGGGAAACUACCAAUCGGCAGAGCCAUGCCUGACUGCUAAUGACAGAAAGGAGGACCAAUAUGCAGUUGUUUCUGUAGCAACAUCCUUCACAGAUGGUACCAAGGACUACUGCUUUUUGACAGAUGAUAAUAUAUUUGAAGUCAAAUUGACAAAGAAUUCAGGAGGCCUCGGCUUUAGUGUUCUGCAAAUGGAAGGAGAUGGUUGUGAACACCUCGGAGGAUCUAUCAUCAGGAUCAAAAGACUGUUUCCAGGGCAGCCAGCUGAAGAGAAUGGUGAAAUAGAAGUCGGAGACAUCAUUUUAGCUGUGAAUGGGAAACCUAUUCAAGGACUCUUGUAUCAGGAUGUCCUGCAUGUGUUGAGAGGAGCUCCUGCAGAAGUUGUUCUACUACUUUGCAGACCACCAAAAGGUGUUCUUCCAGAAAUAGAGCAGAGUGCCAUGACUCCAGCACCAUCUCCAGUUAAGGAGUUUGUGGCAGAAAUGCAAGGCAGUACAGAGUUAGGAAACAGUAUGGAUCAGUCUACCAGUGAUGGAGGUAGCACCUCUCCAGACCUCGAAGACUGCCUGGAUUCUCCAGUGGCAGCAGAUUUCAGUGAGACUCCUGAGGAGGACAGCUCAACUUAUGAAGAGCAGGAAUCUGAACUUCAAGAGAAGCCCAUACAGAAGCUUAUGACUUCCAGGGAACAUUUCUAUAAGCAUCUUUGGAAGUUUCAUCAAGAAGCUGCCGGUUCUGAAGUCUUCCACUCCCUGGAGGAAGAAAUGAAGGAGAACUGCUACUCACCAUGUGAAUUUGGAUGGGCCAAAAGCCACAUAUUUAAUAAGAGUGAUGAUGACCUACCGAACACAAAAUGUAUGCCUGAAACUCUCUCUCUAACCCCUAUUGAUGAAGAGUAUCUCACUAUCAGCUCAACAACUGUGACCUCACUUUCACGAGGAGGAAGCACUGAGACACUCUCCACAACUAUGGUGACCCCACAACCACGUGUCUAUGGUCCCUUAUCAUCAUCCCUGCCAGCUAGAGAGACACAUGAGAGUGACAAUGAUUGGGAAGACUUGGAGGAAUUAGACGAAGAGAAGGAAAAAAAGGAAGCUUGUACUAAGGAGAUCUUUGUGACUUUGACAAAGUCAGAGAGCAACGGUUAUGGAUUCUCUGUAGUUCUUAACAAAGCGGACUCUUGCCUCUAUGUUGAUGAAAUCUUGAAUGAGCCUGCCCUGUCUGAUGGAAGACUAAGAAGGGGAGACAGAAUCGUAAUGGUGAAUGGAAUUGAUGUCACAUCUUUACCAUGCAAUGAAGCCCUGACUUUACUGCAAAGCUCUGCUCCUGAUCUGCACCUUGUGGUUGGUCGUGCUGACAGUGAUCCACGUCCCUCUAUUAGGCCAGAUGACAUUCCUGAAAUUACUCUCACCAAAGGUGCCAAUGGACAGCUAGGCUUGAAGCUGACAGGAGGGGCUGGAAGCAAGUUACAAGGUAUUUAUGUGCUAGAAAUAGUGCCUGGCUCUCCUGCCAGUGUGGAAGGCAGUUUGCAGCCACGAGAUCAGAUUGUUUACAUCUGUGGACUGUGGACUGAGGGUAUUAGCCUGGAUGAUGCAGUGAGAGUGUGUGAAGCUGCCACCCAGCAUGUCCAAAUCAAAGCCACAAGAAAUGGCAAUCCAGUGGUUCCUAUAGAGCAGGAAAAUAAGAAACAUUUAGAGGAAACAAACUGUGAUGCUGAGCAAAACACUCCUGAUUCUCCAGAAUGUAAGGACUUCAUUAUUAAGAUUGAGCUGGAAAAAGCAGAAAAUGGAAGCCUAGGAUUUGCACUGGUAGGUGGAAGAAAUGGCAGGGCUAUCCUAAUAAAAGCCAUCAGCCCAGACAGCAUUGCAGACCUAGAUGGGAGACUUCAAGUUGGUGACAUCCUACUUAAGCUGGAGGUGGCUUUUGGCUACUACAGCAGAGAAGCAGACCCAGAAUAG